AUGGCUUCCACCGACAUUGCUACACGAGAGCUCGAAAACCCCAUGGAUCUCAGCGAGUAUCUGUUUCGUCGCCUGCACGAGGUUGGUGUCCGAUCUGUCCAUGGCGUUCCGGGAGAUUACAACCUUGCUGCGCUCGACUACCUGCCCAAGUGCGGUCUAAACUGGGUUGGCAACUGUAAUGAGCUCAACGCAGGAUAUGCUGCAGAUGGGUACGCUCGGGUGAAGGGGAUCAGUGCUCUUAUCACCACCUUCGGUGUGGGAGAGCUUUCAGCUGUGAAUGCGAUUGCCGGCGCCUACUCCGAGUUUGUCCCUAUUGUGCACAUCGUGGGCCAACCCAACACUCGCUCACAGAAGGAUGGAAUGUUGCUGCACCACACCCUGGGCAAUGGCGACUUCAAUGUUUUCAACAAGAUGAACGCGGAAAUCGCUUGCUACGUUGCCCAUCUGAAGGAUCCCCGCGAUGCCGCCACCCUCGUUGACAGUGCCAUCCGUGAGUGCUGGAUCCGCAGCCGACCAGUCUACAUCACUCUCCCCACGGACAUGAUUGCUGCCAAGGUGAACGGCGAUCGAUUGAAGCAGCCUAUCGACUUGUCUCUGCCCAAGAACGACCCAGAGAAGGAAGACUACGUUGUCGAUGUUGUGCUCAAGUACCUACACGCCGCCAAGAACCCCGUCAUUCUGGUCGAUGCUUGCACGAUCCGUCACCGUGCAAUGGAGGAAGUGCAGCAACUUGUCGAGGCCUCCGGUCUUCCUACUUUUGUUGCGCCGAUGGGUAAAGGUGCCGUGAACGAGACGUACUCCAACUAUGGCGGUGUCUACGCCGGUGAUGGGUCCAACCCGGGCGUCCGGGAGGUGGUCGAGUCCUCUGACUUGAUCUUGAGCAUUGGCGCCAUCAAGUCCGAUUUCAACACCGCCGGGUUUACGUAUCGCAUUGGCCAGUUGAACACCAUUGACUUCCACAGCAAUUUUGUGCGAGUCCGGUAUUCUGAGUACCCCGACAUCAACAUGAAGGGAGUUCUCCGCAAGGUGGUCGAGCGCAUGGGCAAGCUCAAUGUGACCUCCAGCCCCACAAUCAACAACAAGGUCCCUGCCAGCGAGCAGAACUCCAGCCAAACCAUCACGCAUGCCUGGCUGUGGCCUACGGUUGGCCAGUGGCUCAAGGAGAGGGAUAUUGUGAUCACGGAGACCGGUACCGCCAACUUUGGUAUUUGGGAUACUCGGUUCCCUGCACAUGUGACUGCUAUCAGUCAGGUGCUCUGGGGAAGCAUUGGGUAUUCCAUGGGCGCUUGCCAGGGUGCUGCUCUGGCCGCUAAAGAGCAAAAGAACCGCCGGACCAUUCUGUUCAUCGGAGAUGGUAGUGCUCAAUUGACUAUUCAGGAGCUUAGCACGAUGCUUCGAAAUAAGCUGAAUCCCAUUAUAUUUGUUAUUUGCAACGAGGGCUACACCAUUGAGCGAUACAUCCACGGUUGGGAUGCCAGCUACAACGACAUUCAGACCUGGGACUUUGCGAACAUUCCCAAGGUAUUUGGUGCUGGUGACGGCUACCAGACUCGCCGCGUCAAGACCCGGGACGAGCUGAACAAGCUCUUUGCGAAUCAGGAGUUCAGCAACCCAAGCAGUCUUCAGCUGGUCGAACUUUACAUGCCUCGCGACGACGCGCCCGCAGCACUGAAACUGACCGCCGAGGCCGCAGCCGCUCGCAACAAGUAA